AUGGCAAUGCCAACUUAUGCAAUGUCAUGUUUUAAGCUUCCAGUAAAGUUAUGCAAAGAAAUCAACGCUCUGAUGGCAAGAUUCUGGUGGGGGGAGGAUAAUGGGAGGAGGAAAAUACAUUGGUGUUCAUGGAAAAUGAUGUCAACUGAAAAGAACACCGGUGGACUGGGUUUUAAAGAUCUCCAAGGCUUUAAUAAAGCUUUGCUAGGCAAGCAGAUUUGGAGGAUUCUCACAUGCCUGAAUCUUUUGCUUAGUAAAGUGUUGAGAGCUAAGUACUACCCCAAGACAUCACCACUGAGCUGUGAAGUAAAAGGUAAUGCAUCAUGGAUAUGGAAGAGUUUGAUGGGAGCAAGAGAUGUGGUGCAGCGUGGAGCUAGGAAAAAAAUUGGAAAUGGAAAGAGCACCAAAAUUUGGGAAGAUGCUUGGCUACUGGAAGGCAAGGAAGGCAAGGUAGAAUCCCCAAAACCCCCGGAUUGUAAGGUCACAAAAGUUAGUGAGCUAAUAUCUGGCUUUAGAUGGAAAUCACCACUCAUUUUUAGGACCUUUAGCUCACAUGAAGCUGGAAAUAUACUCAAAACGCCUAUAAGUUUGACAAGUAGACCUGAUUGCUACUUUUGGAGUCAUAGCAAAAAUGGACAAUACGCGGUCAGGUCUGCUUAUGAAGCAUUGACAAAGGAGGAUAAGUAG